AUGGCUGUCUCUCCCGCCGAACCCCCCGCCGACGCGCGCGACUUGUCCGAGGCACUCAAUGACGAGAUCCGCUCGCGCUACAUCAAGACGGACAGACUGGGUGAGGGUACCUACGCCGUCGUCUUCAAGGCGACCGUGGCUGGCCGCCCGGGCGAGUCUGUCGCCAUCAAGAAGAUCAAGGUCAAUGCCGAGUACCGCGACGGCAUCGCCAUGGACGCCAUCCGUGAAAUCAAACACCUGCAAGAGCUGGCGCAUCCCAACAUCAUCAAGCUGCACGCCGUCUUCAGCAGCAAGGCCCAAAACCUCAACCUGGUGUUAGAGCUGCUGCCCCUGGGCGAUCUCGAGGACCUGAUGAAGGCCGCCGACUCGGUGCACUACGGCGCCGCCGACAUCAAGGCGUGGAUGGGCAUGGCCUGCCGCGGCAUGUGGUGGUGCCACGCCAACUUUGUCCUGCACCGCGAUAUCAAGCUCAACAACUUGUUGAUCGCGGCCGACGGCGAGGUCAAGCUGGCUGAUUUCGGUCUCGCCCGCUCCUUCGCCGACCCCUACACGCACAUGACAGCCAACGUCAUCACGCGCUGGUACCGCCCUCCGGAGCUGCUGUACCAGGCCCGGCACUACGGCGGCGCCGUCGACAUCUGGUCGCUCGGCAUCGUCUUCGGCGAGCUGACGCAGCGCCGCUUCUGGCUGCCAGGAGAGACGGACCUCGCGCAAAUCGACCUCAUCGCGCAGACCUUCGGCUCGCCCACCGACGACGUCUGGCCCGGCGUCUCCAAACUCGACGGCUACGUCGCCCCGGCAAGGGUCCUGCCUCCCCAGCCCCAAGCCUACUGGGAGCAGUUCUUCGGCCUCAUCGGCCCCGACGGCAUCGCCCUCCUGCGCGGCAUGCUACGCCUGGACCCCCGACGCCGCCUCAAUGCCCGCCAGGUCCUCGAGAACCCCUGGUGGACGGCGUAUCCGCGCCCCACGCCCAAGGAGGACCUGCCCAACCCGAAGAAGACGCGCGCCGAGCAGGAGCGCAAGAUGGCCGAGGACCUGAAGAAGCGCGGCGGCGAGCUGCCGGGCCAGGACACGAACAUGGGCCUCAACCGCGGGGACAAGGUCGCGCGCCGCUUGUUCGCGUGA